AUGGGGCUCCUGUCGGACCCGGCGCGCCGGCGCGCGCUCGCCCGCCUCGUGCUGCGCCUGAACGCGCCGCUCUGCGCGCUGAGCUACGCGGCGGGCGUCGCCUGGCUCCUGGCGCUGGCCUUCCCGCCGCUCACGCAGCGCGCCUACAUGUCGGAGAACGCCAUGGGCUCCACCAUGGUGGAGGAGCAGUUCGCGGGCGGCGAGCGCGCCCGCGCCUGCCGCGAGUUCGCCGCCCUGCGCCGGAAGUCGGGGGCCCUGCCCGUGGCCUGGCUGGAGCGCGCGAUGCGGUCCGUGGGGCUGGAGGUCCACGCGCAGAGCUUCUCGCGGCAGCUGCCCUUCCCGGACGAGACGCGCGAGCGCUACGUGGUGUCCGGCACCAACGUGUACGGCAUCCUGCGGGCCCCGCGCUCCGCCAGCACCGAGUCCCUGGUGCUCACCGUGCCCUGCGGCGCCGACGCCACCAACAACCAGGCCGUGGGGCUGCUGCUGGCGCUCGCCGCCCACUUCAGGGGGCAGAUCUACUGGGCCAAGGACAUCAUCUUCCUGGUGACGGAGCACGACCUUCUGGGCACCGAGGCCUGGCUGGAAGCCUACCACGACGUCAACGUCACGGGGGUGCAGUCAUCCGCCCUGCAGGGCCGCGCCGGCGCCAUCCAGGCAGCUGUGGCCCUGGAGCUGAGCAGCGAGGUGGUCACUAGCCUGGACGUGGCCGUGGAGGGGCUCAACGGGCAGCUGCCCAACCUCGAUCUGCUGAACCUCUUCCAGACCUUCUGUCAGAAAGGAGGGCUGCUGUGCACGCUGCAGGGCAAGCUGCAGCCCCAGGACUGGACGUCGGCGGACGGACCUCUGCAAAGUCUGCAGACGCUGCUGCUCAUGGUUCUGCAGCAGGCGUCCGGCCGCCCCCACGGCCCCCAUGGCCUCUUCCUGCGCUACCGGGUGGAGGCCAUCACGCUGCGCGGCAUCAACAGCUUCCGCCAGUAUAAGUACGACCUGGUGGCCGUCGGCAAGGCUCUGGAGGGCAUGUUCCGCAAGCUCAACCACCUCCUGGAGCGGCUGCACCAGUCCUUUUUCUUCUACUUGCUGCCCGCGCUCUCCCGCUUCGUCUCUAUCGGCCUAUACAUGCCCGCCGCAGGCUUCCUGCUCCUGGUUCUCGGCCUCAAGGCUCUGGAGCUGUGGAUGCAGCUGCAUGAGGCCGGAGUGGGCCCUGAAGAGGCCAGGGGAACCUGUGGACCCAGUUCCCCCCUCCCCCCAACACAGGGCGUGGGGCUGGCUUCGCUUGUGGCACCUUUGCUGAUCUCCCAGGCCAUGGGCCUGGCCCUCUACGUCCUGCCAGUGCUGGGCCAGCACGUGGCCACCCAACACUUCCCUGUGGCUGAGGCUGAGGCCGUGGUGCUGACGCUGCUGGCCAUCUACGCGGCUGGCCUGGCCCUUCCACACAACGCUCACCGGGUCGUGAGUGCACAGGCCCCUGACCGGGGCUGGAUGGCUCUGAAGCUGGUGGCCCUCCUGUAUCUGGCACUCCAGCUGGCGUGCAUCACCCUUACCAACUUUUCAUUGGGCUUCCUGUUGGCUGCCACCAUGGUGCCUGCUGCUGCACUCAUCAAGCCCUCUGGGCCCCGGCCUCUCUAUGCUGCCCUACUGGUGCUGACGAGCCCAGCGGCCACGCUCCUGGGCAGCCUGUUCCUGUGGCGGGAGCUGCAGGAGGCCCCGCUGUCGCUGGCCGAGGGCUGGCAGCUCUUCCUGGCGGCGCUGGCACAGGGGGUGCUGGAGCACCACACCUAUGGUGCUCUGCUGUUCCCACUGCUGGCGCUGGGCCUCUAUCCCUGCUGGCUGCUCUUCUGGAACGUUCUCUUCUGGAAGUGACGCCUGCCUGCCCUGAGGCGCACGGACUAGGGUGGAACUUCGCUGAGCAACCCUGUUUUCGUUCCCAGAAAAUAAACAGGUGUUUGGUUC